AUGGGCCAGGGCACCAACUUCGACAACGCCUACAAUUCUUCCAGGGAACCCAUCCCGGGCUUCAACAUGAGCCGCAUCCACGGCGUGGAGAACUACAAGAGGGAUGAGCACUUUUUAUACUUGCGCCAGCACGACGCCGAGGACAAAGGCACAAAGGCCGAAUCGCCUGACCCGAGGUCACUUUCGGAUCGCUUCUCGAAGGUUCGCCACUAUAUUCAGGAGGGCAAGGACCUCCAGUCCAUUGCCAGGGGCAAGAAGGCGACCAGACUUGCCAUCCUCGGCGUCACUGUUGUUUUCAGCAUCGCAUUUUCAGUUGGCCUUUACUGGUAG